AUUUUUAGCCGUUGAAAUAGUUGGAAGUGGGGCGCGUGUUGAACGGAACGUUGCAUUUCUCUUUCUCCACUUGCACACGAGAACAACAGUGACAACACUCUCACACACAGGUGCACGGUUUGUUUUGUUAGUGCAUGUACAUGUGUUUGUGUGCUCGCGUCCGUGUGUGUGUGUGUGUGCAUAUGUGUGAGGGCGCGUGAAAAUACAACAACAGAAGUAGAAGUUAACACACACACAGCAAUCACAGUCAGCUGUGUGUUUUGCUUCAUCUUCAUCGUCGGCAAAAGUAAUGUGUGAAAAAUAAAUGCAAAUUAUAAAUAAUAAGCAUAAAUUACAAAUUAUUAACGUGAAUAUUUCAGUUGAGCAAAUCAAAUGAAAGCGUGCAAAUAAAUUCAACGCCUGCUACCAACAACAACAACAAGCACAACAGCAACAACAACAAUCGCGAGUGUGUUUACAGUGAGUGCUUGGAGUUUUGUGCCGUGUCCGUUAAAGUCCACUAGCAUAAUCCUCACGUCUACGUUUUGACAGCAAAAUCAAAGCAGAGCAACCCAAGUGCUGUAGCGGUCACAUCAGCAACAUCACCAGCAACAUCAGCAGCAGCAGCAACAACAGCAGCAGGAGUAGCAAUCGAAGCAAAGGAGAGCGAGAAAGAGAGAGGUUGAUAAGAAUUGCUGGCAAAAUAUAUUUAUAUAAAUAAAUAAAUAGCAGAUAAGCAAGCCGCAUUGAGGCUGAGUGCACAAGGAGACUGUUAAAUUGACUUAACGCAACGUGUGGCAGACACAACAGCCACAGAAAAGGAAGACACUCGCUUCCUUUCAUAUCGUAACUUCAGACUGAUUCACUGCAGGCCAAAUUGCACAACAAACUAGAGUGAAAACUUGGAAAAGCUUGAGAGAAUAUAAAAUAGAGCAAAAGCCAGCCAGCAAUUCAUGUGAAAUGCCAACAAAUUGAAAUUGAAAUUCAUGUCCAUGUGAAGGCGUGUGGAAUGAACAGGACUAGAAACAACUAAAACUACAACAACAACAACAACUGCAUUAACAUAUCAGCAGCUAAAUUUAAGUGCAAAUCAGCUUAAAUCCUGAGCACAUAUCCUGGCGCAUAAAUCAACAAAGCGCACACUGAUUAAUGUUACGCAUACGCAGCGUGCGCCAAUCAAGCGGCGCAACUACAUAGCUGAAGCACUCAACGAGUUUCACAAGCCAUUAAACCACAGGAAGAACAACAAUAACAGCCACAACAAUAACAACAACAACAACAACAACAAGGAGACAAAAUCAUCAUGGCGUUCAUUUGGCGUCGACGUUCCACAACAAUUGUCAAGCUGGUAGCAUUAAUGCUGGCCAUUUGGUUCUGCAUUGCCUUUCUCAUCUAUACGGACGAUACACGCCGGAGAGCAGCACAGGAAACCAGCGGAUUCGGUGCCGGCAACAUUGUCGGUGGCGGAGGCGGAGUUGGCGGUGACAGCCGCGGGGAUCCAAUUGCAUUGGCCCUGAAAAAUGGCCCAGACUCGGGCGAACAGUUAGCGGGCGAAGGAUUUGCUGUUAAUGGCAAUGCCAUUGCUGACGCUGAUCGCGAUGCGGCCCAAGAGGCGGAUGUGCCGCCCACGGCCAAGCACAAGUCCAGGGUGAAGGUGUUGCCACGCCUAAAGGCCGAGGAGUCCGUGCGUCACAAUGUUGUGGUGCAUCCGGAGGAGAAGGCCGUCCACAAGCAGGAAGCCAAGGAAGAUGAUAAAAAUGUUUUGGAUGCGCCAGCGGCGAAUCUAUUGGAGGAUAGUCCUGGUGAGCUGGGUAGACCGGUGGUACUGCCAAAGCAGAUGUCUCCGGAGAUGAAGAAGGCUGUGGAAGAUGGCUGGUCCAAGAAUGCAUUCAAUCAGUAUGUCUCCGAUCUGAUAUCCGUGCAUCGAUCGUUGCCCGAUCCACGUGAUGCCUGGUGCAAGGACUCGGCCCGCUAUCUCAGCAAUUUGCCCAAGACCGAUGUCAUCAUUUGCUUCCACAAUGAGGCGUGGUCGGUGCUGUUGCGUACAGUGCAUUCGGUGCUGGACAGAUCUCCGCCAGAACUGAUUGGCAAGAUCAUACUCGUAGAUGAUUACAGCGAUAUGCCACAUCUGAAGAAACAGCUGGAGGAUUAUUUUAUUGCCUACCCCAAGGUUGAGAUCGUGAGAGGACCUCAGCGAGAGGGAUUGAUACGUGCCCGUCUCUUGGGUGCCAAAUAUGCCAAGUCGCCGGUCAUAACCUACCUCGAUUCCCAUUGCGAGUGCGCCGAAGGUUGGUUGGAGCCACUUUUGGAUCGUAUUGCACGAAAUUCAACGACCGUCGUAUGUCCAGUUAUCGAUGUUAUCGAUGAUACAACACUGGAAUUCCACUAUCGCGACUCUAGUGGCGUCAAUGUGGGCGGAUUUGAUUGGAAUUUGCAGUUUAGCUGGCAUGCGGUGCCCGAACGUGAGAAAAAGCGCCAUAACAGCACGUCGGAGCCUGUCUAUUCGCCCACAAUGGCUGGCGGCCUCUUCUCCAUUGACCGUGAGUUCUUUGAGCAUCUGGGCACCUACGAUUCCGGCUUCGAUAUCUGGGGCGGUGAGAAUCUGGAGUUGUCCUUCAAGACGUGGAUGUGCGGGGGCACACUUGAAAUUGUGCCCUGCUCUCAUGUUGGUCACAUUUUCCGCAAACGCUCACCGUACAAGUGGCGUACGGGCGUUAAUGUUCUGAAAAAGAAUUCAGUUCGUCUGGCCGAAGUCUGGAUGGAUGAUUACUCCAAGUAUUAUUAUCAACGCAUUGGCAACGACAAAGGCGACUACGGCGAUAUCAGUGAUCGUCUGAAACUGCGCGAGGAUCUGGAAUGCAAAAGCUUCAAAUGGUAUUUGGAUAACAUCUAUCCGGAACUCUUCAUACCCGGCGAUGCGGUGGCCAAUGGCGAGAUAAGAAACUUAGGUUAUGGCGGUCGCACCUGCUUGGACUCGCCAUCUGGCAAGCGGAACUUGAAGAAGGCUGUUGGCACGUAUCCUUGCCACAAACAGGGUGGCAAUCAGUACUGGAUGCUGAGCAAGGCUGGUGAAAUACGUCGGGAUACUGCCUGUCUGGACUAUGCCGGCAAGGACGUGAUACUCUUUGGCUGUCACGGCUCCAAGGGCAACCAGUUCUGGACAUAUCGUGAGGGCACAAAGCAACUGCAUCACGGCUCCUCGGGCAAAUGCCUGGCCAUCAAUGAGAACAAGGACAAACUGAUCAUGGAGGAGUGCGAUCCGAGAUUCGUGCGACAGCAAUGGCUCAUGGAGAAUUACGACAGUUCGAAAUUGUGAGGCUAUUUCUAUGCGAAGGGUACCCUACUGGUCCCCACAUCGCAGAGCAUGAGCAGAGCAUAGCAAGGACACUAAGGAGCAGUAAAAAAAAAGUAGGCAUAAACAGCAAUAGGAGGAGAACUUGGAGUUAAAAGUUCAAUGUUAGUUUGUAAGCAAAAGAAAAAAGAAACAAUGACACGGCCCUCGAGAGUUGUGCAAUAGGCAGUAGCUAAAGUACGAGUAUUUGCCAUGGCUUUUAGCUGAAGUACACACACACACACAUCUACUAACAAAUAUAUAUUAAUUUUAAUUUUAAUUGUAUUUUAUUUUUUAUUUUAAUUGAAUUAACUAGUUGUUAGGCGCACAGACAAAAGAAAAAGAUAGAUGGACUGUUUGUUGUACAGUAGAUCUUAAGUUUUCUAAGCCAAACGGAAACGGAAACGCAACCGUUAACAGUUACUUACUAUAGUAGAAGAUGCAUUAAAUAGUGUAGUCAUAAAUAUAUAGACAUAUAAAGUAAACUGUAUACUUAAUGCAGUUAACCCAAUUGGGUUCAACUGACAAAAGUCGUAGCGCAAUUUUUGCAUUUACAUGUUAUAAACUUUUUAGCACAAUUUUACGUGGCGAACUUUGUGUGUGUGUGUGCGUGCAAGUGUGUGUAUUUGACAGGCCAAUAAUGGAGUGCACAAAUACAUACAUACACGCAUACCAACUUAUACAUAUAGGUACUUAUUAUAAUAUUUAUGAAUUCUCCUGACAUCAAAUGACUUUGCAAAAGUCGCGUUCCAAAUAUGUUUAGUCCGUAAGCUUGCUAUAAGUCAACCGUAUUGUUGUUGUAGAAUGGAAAGCAUUUGGUGAUUUUCCUUGCCCAUCCCCCACUUUCCCCCCACCCAUUCCCUUAACCAUUCCCAAUUAAUUAGAUAAUAGAUUUAUGUACUUAUAUAUGGCACACUCGUUCCGUUUCAUUUCGUUUUAUUUAUUUUGUUUUUAUAUAUUUUCGCAAAUUCGGAAGAAACAAGUAAAAAUUAUCAAGAAGAGUAUUGAAGUAUUUUGUUUUAAGAUAGGAAAUCUGAAAUACUUCUUUACUUUUACAAACCUAUGCCAAAUUAUAUUUAGUGGUUUAUUUAUAAAUUAUUUUGUGUAUCUUUUUCGCAUUUUGUUAUAAACUCAACAAGGACAACAUAUCCCGUUUGUUAAACAACGCCAGCUUGUAGAAGAUACAUUUUGUAUUUAUAUCGUAUCAUCAGUUUCGGACAGACUUAUCGAUAUCACUAAACUGUAGUGCUAGAACUUAAUCUAAAUCUAAGAAGCAAAUAUGCAAUAGUGCCUUCUACUUUAUACUGACUCACAAUUGUUUAUCCCAUUUAGCACCAAAAGAAAGUUAAAACUAAACAAAUUAAUCAGCUCAAAUGGGGUCUAGUUUAGUUCACAAGCAGAAAGCGACUGUAAAUACUUAUAAAUUGUACAAUUUGAUAUCGUAUAUAUUGUAUGCAUGUAAAUAAUCAAACAUGGUCAAAAUAGUUCUGGAUAAUCAGAGUAAAUAUAUUAAAGUUAAAUAC